CAAAGCUAAAAGACUCUUGAUCAUCUGAAGUGAGAGUCAAUAUACUCACUACAUGGCGUCGUUGAUACCCGAUUCUCUACAACAAGCAGCCCAGAAGGUCAUCAUGGGUUCCAACGGGGACAAGAUCGCCGAUCUCGGCAAGAACACCAUCGAGCCUGGCAAGGACACGCACUUGACCUCUGAUUGGGGUGUUAAGCAGCCCAACGCGGACCAUUGGCUCAGCAUUUCGAACGACCAGCACACUGGUCCUUCGUUGCUGGAGGACCCAUUUAGUCGAGAGAAGAUCCACCGCUUUGACCAUGAGCGCAUUCCGGAGCGUGUAGUUCACGCCCGUGGCGCUGGGGCCUUUGGAAAAUUUAAGGUCUACGAGAGCGCCGAGGAUGUCACCUUUGCGCCCGUCCUGACCGACACAUCGCGAGAGACACCCGUCUUCCUUCGCUUCUCCACGGUGCUGGGCAGUCGGGGCAGUGCUGAUACGGUCCGAGACGUGCGCGGGUUCGCCAUCAAGUUCUACACGCAGGAGGGAAACUGGGACAUUGUGGGCAAUAAUAUCCCCGUCUUCUUCAUCCAGGAUGCCAUGAAGUUCCCAGACCUCAUCCAUGCCGGCAAGCCCGAGCCGAACAACGAGGUGCCGCAGGCCCAGACGGCCCACAACAACUUUUGGGAUUUUGUCUACAACCAUUCCGAGGCUACACACAUGUACAUGUGGGCCAUGUCAGACCGUACGAUCCCGCGCUCGUACCGGAUGAUGCAAGGGUUUGGUGUCAACACGUACACCCUCAUCAAUAAGCAGGGCAAGCGCUCGUUUGUCAAGUUCCACUUUACGCCGGAACUGGGCGUGCACUCGCUCGUCUGGGACGAGGCCCUCAAGCUGGCCGGCCAGGACCCCGACUUCCACCGCAAGGACCUCAACGAGGCCAUCGAGAACGGGGCCUACCCAAAGUGGAAGUUCGGCAUCCAGGUCAUCCCCGAGGAGGACGAGCACAAGUUCGAGUUCGACAUCCUCGACGCCACCAAGGUGUGGCCUGAGGAACUCGUGCCGGUGCGCUACAUCGGAGAGCUGGAGCUAAACCGUACCGUCGACGAGUAUUUCCCACAGACGGAGCAGGUGGCUUUCUGUACUGGCCAUGUCGUGCCUGGGAUCGGCUUCUCGGAUGACCCUCUGCUGCAGGGCCGCAACUUUUCCUACUUCGACACCCAGAUCACACGUCUGGGUGUGAAUUGGGAAGAACUGCCCAUCAACCGACCCGUGUGCCCCGUCAUGAACUUCAACUCGGACGGACAGAAGCGCCACACCAUCCGCAAGAGCACCAUCAACUACUGGCCCAACCGCUUCGGCAUCAACCCACCCGCCUCCGACGUCAACGCAGAAGGUAGCUACGUCGAGUACCAGCAGAAGGUCGAGGGUAUCAAGCAGCGCACCAAGAGCGCCAAGUUCAGGGAGCACUUCAACCAGGCCCAGCUCUUCUACAACAGCCUCUCGCCCGUCGAGAAGGCCCACGCCACGAGCGCCUUUGGCUUCGAGCUGGAUCACUGCGACGACCCCAUCGUCUACGAGAACCUGGCCGUCCGCCUCGCCGAGAUCGACCUCGACCUCGCCCAGUCCGUCGCCGAGCUUGUAGGCGCCAAGGUUCCCGAAACCCCAGGCCGCCCCAACCACGGCAAAAAGGCCAAGGGCCUGUCGCAGUUUGAUUUCUUGCCAGAAUCCCCCACCAUCGCCAGCCGGCGCGUGGCCAUCCUCAUCGCCGACGGGUACGACUCUGUGGCCUUCAAAGCCGUCAAGACGGCCGUUGCUGCGCAGGGCGCCCUGCCCUUCAUCAUUGGCACCAAGCGCAGCGAGAUCUUCGCGGAAGGACAGACAGAGACCAAGGGCGAGGGUGUGCGGCCCGACCACCACCUCGAGGGCUUCCGGUCCACCAUGGUCGACGCCGUCUUCGUGCCCGGCGGCCGCGCGUCCGUCGGCACGCUCAAGAAGAACGGCCGCGCCCUGCACUGGGUGCGUGAGGCCUUUGGCCACCUCAAGGCCAUCGGCGGCACGGGCGAGGCGGUGGAGCUGCUGCAGGCGGCGUUCCAGCUGCCGGGCGUGCAGGUAUCGUCUGGUGCUGAGGCUGUGGAGAGUUAUGGUGUUGUCACGCUGGGACAAGCCUCACCUGAGAGCUUUGGCGAGACGGUCACUAUCGCGAAGGAGGCCAAGAGUUUUGUGGACCAGUUCUUCUUCUCCAUCUCGCAGCACAGAAACUGGGAUCGGGAGCUGGACGGGCUCAGCACCAUGGUGGCUUACUAA